UAAUGGCAUUGACGAUAGCAGGCCAUGCUGGUGUCACGCUCUUUCACAUGUUUCUGCAAAAGCAAAAGCAAAAGCAGCCGCGUGAUGUCUACAGCAGUAACUCUAAGCGACGUGCUCUCGGGAUGGCUUCAGAGAAGUGGUCGAGUUCGCCGAGAGCCAAUGGAGCGCAGCUCGCCGCUGGUUCAAAAGCGCGCGAACUGAAAGACACUUUUGUCUUCAGCAACAACUCCACCGCGAACCGCCUGGACCGCACACCACCCAGCAUGAGAGAUCCCAACUCUGAAUCGGACAAGGCACACAACGAGCAGCAGCAGUCUACUCAGCCACACAGAUUUGGCAUUCUGGACUAUGAAGCCAAUGAUGAUGUCAAGAGAUGGGCUAAGAAGUGGAAAACCGAGCUGGCUUCCAUGUCGUCCAGUGUCCUCUCGACCUUUAUUGCGUUCCCUCUCGACUUUGCCAAAGUCCGCAUGCAGUCUGUGACCCUGGUUCGCACCAUCUCUUUCGGUCUAUAUCAACGCUCUAAGCACGUGAUUGAUCAUUACAUGACACGCAUGACUGGCGAGUCUCCUCUCGACUUGGCCAACAAGAAAGGACAGUACCCUACCCUGUCAACCAUUGCCUGCUUCAGCAGUGCUGGAGCUACCGCUGGGGCUGUCAUUACCUUCGUGUCUUGUCUCAUCAAACUCAACGCCCAGCUUGCUGGCAAAAUGAAGAGAGAAGCCAAUCCUUCCGAUCGCCCUCAGCCUAUCAGCGAUCUUCGCACCGGCGCCUUCAGGACUGCUCAACAGCUUGUCCGUGAGCGUGGUAUCCGCGGCCUGUACUGCGGUUAUCGCCUUCACCUAGUGCGCGACACCAUCGGCACCGCUAUAUAUUUCGGCACCUACGAGACUGUCAAGCAGAUUCUCUCGAAUGGACGCGGGAAUGGGCCCGCCGAGCCUGCUGCCGUCGCUCUUGCUGGCGCGACCUGUGGAAUCGUCAGUUGGGUACUGGUAAGUUUACUUCAGCCUGGAGAUUGUGAAUUCGCUGCUAAAGAAUCUGCAGNNAUCUACCCUAUCGACGUCGUCAAGACCCAAUUCCAAAAGCGUCAGCUGGAGACAGGUCGUGCUCAAGUCUCGCGUCCUGAUAUCAAGUUCUUCCAACCAGGCUCCUACAGAGUCAGUGUCGGACGCUCUGCUCUCAUCAACAUGAUCUUCUUCUCCUCGUUUGAGCAGAUCAAGAGACGCAUCAACAACGCGGGAGACAUA